GCGCCGUACAUCGAAAAGUUGCUUCUGCUCUCGCCUGCCCCGUCGCUCUUCUCUCUCCAUCUUCACUUGCUACCAGCGUUCCCGACUUACCACCGCCACUCCCUUCCCACUUACCCUCACCUUCAACUUUCAACAUCCCGCCAGUGUCCGCUGUCUUUCCUAGACUUCGACACACACUCACUGUCGGAAAAGUUCGCCUAGUCCCGGACCCGUCUUACACUGCACCUAAGACGUUCGCGUCGUCUACUGUCCAAGUUCCCCGGGUGUAAUCGAACAGCACUCGCAAGCCCGGCGCCAACCCGACCUGUUUGAAAGGCAGAUGCGCCACAGCAUCCAGCCAACAUGCCUGGAAUUCUCCCGAUGAAAGUGAUCAAGGUCGGGAACGGCUCACAGAGUCGUAUCGCUCAGGCCUGUGAUCGAUGCAGAAGCAAGAAGAUUCGCUGCGACGGCAUUCGCCCCUGCUGUACUCAAUGCGCCAAUGUCGGUUUCGAAUGCAAAACUAGCGACAAGCUGAGUCGACGUGCCUUCCCCCGUGGAUACACCGAAUCGUUGGAGGAACGCGUGCGUGCUCUGGAGUCCGAAGUCAGGGACUUGAAGAACCUGCUGGAUGAAAAAGACGAGAAGAUCGAUGUCCUUUCUCGGAUCCACUCCUUCUCGCCCUCACGUCAGAGGCCAAGUGUUGCAGCAACAUCACCAUCGGCGUCUGCAAAAUCCAACGCACCCGAUGCAGACGAGGGCAUGAUUCAGGUUCAGCACUCAGUACAGCCUAACGACUCCAGCUCGACUGAGAGUGCAGGGUUGUCGAAUACUCGCGGUUUUGCUGACGCUUUUACAAACAAGCUUGUAGAGCAAAAUCGAUUGCCAUCCAGUGUCUCGAUCAAAACCUUAACGACUCCCUCUCCUAUCUCUCAUUCGCGCGUCGACCAGGCCAUCCGAACAGCGCCUCGACUUGUAUCCGAUCAGCUCAUCAACAUCUUCUUCCAGGAAUGGGCCCCUCUCUACCCGGUGGUUCACCGGCCCACCAUCCUCAAAGCUUAUGAGCAGUAUCUUUCGGGCACGGAGUCUUCGCAGGGAAGCAAGCAUGACUUGGCACAAUUGAAUUUGAUUUUUGGCAUCGCCGCUCUUGCGUCUAUGUCGAGAACCAACCAGGACCCUACCUUUUUCGAAGACAAUUGGUCAUCCAUUCUCGAAUCAAUCUCAAGCGAUAUUUCUCUUUCGACGAUGCAAUGUUAUGUGCUCGCCCAAAUGUACUGCAUGACCAAAGGCGAUUACACCAGUCUUCUACGCUAUCGGGGCCUUGCCGUGAGUCUUAGUCAACAGUUGAGACUGCACCAGAGCCAGAAACGCUUCUCUUCGAAUGCUCUUGUGGCAGAAACCCGUAAGAAAGUAUUCUGGUGCCAAUACGCUCUGGAUCGAUUCACUGCCGCUUUGACGGGAUUGCCUGUCCUACUACGUGAAGAGGAUGUCAAGGCUGAGUACCCCGAGGAUAUUGAUGAUGAGAAUGUCACGGAAACCGGCUUUUUGCCCACCCUUCCCGGCGAAUCGACCCGCAUCUCAAGUGCAAUCGCGCUGUUUGCGGCAUCACGCGUGCUGAACAAGGUUCUGGAAGAUAUCUAUCCUUCUGAUGGAGGAUACGAUAUACCCUUGUCGAAGCUGCACGCGGUUGCAGAGCAAUUGGAUGAGUGGGUGAAGGGCUUGCCUGCUCACCUCCGCCUCGAGUUCUCUCAAGACAAGCCCAGUACCAAUGUUACCAGCAGCCGGUCGCCGCUUUUGUCUCUCGUCUAUUAUUACACCCGUUCAUUGAUCCAUCGCCCCGCGGUCUGUUUCGGCGAAGAACACGUUCGAUCACCUUCUAUCCUUGCCCUGUCCGAUUCAGCCAAACAUAUUAUUCAGAUCCUUGAAUUGCUCGACGAGAGACGCCUCUGCCUCUCUGUGACUAUCAAUCGGAAGGAGCUCGUUUUUGCGACAGGACUUGGUCUUCUAUGGCAAAACAUCGGUCUGAAGCGUGACAGUAAGCUUGUCAAGGAGAGCCAAAAAUUGCUCACCACCGUCAUUGAUCAGCUGGAAUCCGAGGAGUCGUCAUCUGCCGCCGAGUUCAGCGCUUUGGCUAGUGUUCUGGUUUCCCUGAAUAACAGCAAGCACGGGUCGUCUGGUCGGCCUCAGGACAUGUCGCCACCUUUGCAGAAACCACUGAAGUCUCCUAAGAGGCAACUUCAGUCCUGGAAAUCGCGUUUGACCGGGGCGUCGGGCUCAGCCCAUCAGGAAACACCCGACUCCCCAUCUCGGCGGGCCACUAUCUGCGGGGUGAGUCCUAACGCCGCCCAACGUCAUGCCAGGUCCUCUAGCUGGGCCAGUCUCCCCCCGGACAACUUCCACGCGCCAAACAUGCCUGCGAACAAGUCCUCUUAUCAUUCAUCUUCCGGGACGUACGAUAGUAGCCACAUGCUUUCUAGCUCCGCGCCUUCGGAUCCCCCGGGCGGACCCAUCACGGUGUCCGACUGGGAGUUCGUCCUGAGUGACAUGGACCGAGGCUACUCGAACAUUUUCACGGGGAUCUAUGGAGGAAGGGAAUGCGGCGAAGACAGCGGCCCCUUUGCUUCCCUCACAGCCGAAUUUGUCCAGAAGGGGGACCCGUUGGCGGGACCGUUACCGGCGCCCCAGACGGAGCUGCAAGGAUUGUCACCCGAGGCGUGGUCAGCGAGUAGCAAUAGCGAUGUGCCGCCCAACCAGGACCUCCCCGCACAAAGUGUCCUCAGCUACUCCGACGAAGGCAGUGCAGAGGACGGGGUGCGAUUUAACGACAUCCGCCUCUCCCCGGAAGAACAGGCCAGUUUUUUGGGCUCCUUCCGAAGUGUCAUGAUUCCAGCUGUGGAAGACGACGCUGAUGAGUUUGCACUGAUCAAUGGAUGGGAUCGACGGUUGGCUGUUUGAAGCAGUAUGCUUCGAAGGCGGCAUCUUUAAUGAACGCGACGAAUAAUGGUGUGGAGGAGUUUAUCUAUGAUUGGGUUUGGGAUCGGAGCGAGAGGAUAUUUGAUUUUGGCUCCAUAGUUUCAUUUGUGAUACCUCGUCUGUACAGGGAGUCUUGGUUUUGUUUCGGUUCCUGCAGAGGGCUGCUGUUAUAGGUCUAGUCUAUGUGCCACUAUAAUAUCACGUACAUCUUAUGUUUGAA